AUUACUUUAUAGACGUUGGCCUAUUUCAUCAUGAUUGACGACGUUUUAGAUCAGGCAAUAUUUUGUAGAGACAAACCAUGUUGGUAUCGACAUGACGGAACAAAUUUAAUGGCCAUCAAUGAUGCUUUGUUGUUACAGAACAGUGUGUAUUAUUUAAUAGAAAAACAUUUUAAACGGAAAGAAUGUAACAUUAAUUUAGUAGAAACAUUUCUACAGGCUACAUUUGAUACACAAAUAGGGCAGUUUUUGGAUAUGUCCUCGACUUCAAAGAAAUUUAAUUUGGAUCGAUUUACAAUGAAUCGAUAUAAUUCCAUCGCUUACUCCAAAUCAUCAGAAAUAGCAUUUUUAAUGCCAGUAUUUUUAGCAAUGCAUUAUGCUGGAAUCGAAAAAGUUCAAGAGAUGUUCAAGCAAUCAGAAACUAUUUUGUUAGAGUUGGGACAGUUUUAUCAAAUUCAAAACGAUUGCUUAGGUUGCUUUUUCGAUUUGCGCAAAGAUAAUACUGAUAUAGAAGAAGGAAAAUGUACGUGGUUAAUUGUUAAAGCUCUUGAACUUGUCACUCCGGAACAGCGUAAAACUUUAGAAGAAUGUUACGGAGUUUUGAAUCCGAAGAAAACAAAACGCGUAAAACAGCUUUAUAUUGAUUUGAAUUUGCAGAAUGCUUAUUUUAAACACGAAAAAGAAACAUAUAAUGCAAUAACUGCACUCAUAGAGAAAAUACCUUGCAAAAAUCUACAUUUUCUCAUAGGUUUAUUAGAGAAGCUUUAUGGCAGACAAAUCUGUUUUGGUUAAACAUACCUUAAAUACUACUAUUUUAAGCAAGUAUUUGUUUUAAGCAUGUUUAAUCUAAAUUUUGAACAAUGUAAAAAAUUAAUAAACUUUAUGUUUGCUACAUAUUAAAAAUAGUUUGUCAAAUGUUAAUGUAAAAAAGGCAUCUUUUAUAAAAAUUUUAUGUACUAUUUGUACUGUUUAUAAAUAAAAAUAUAGUCAUUGCGAUUGUCGUACUUUCCCUAUACUAUUCUUAGAUUAUUCCUAGAAUUCUUAGAUUACACAAUUUUUUACUUUCACGCGAAUGCUAAUGGUUUCUCACAAAAUGUGGAAACAAUUGUCGCGCGGCAACAUAGGAAAUUAUAUUCCUUAUUUAUUGAGAACUAUAAGUUAAUCGGCAUUGAUGCAAGUGACUCUAAGUCUAUUAUAUAUGAAUCAUUUUUUAAUCUCAACCAAAUUCUAAAAUAAAUAAAAAUAAAUUGUUUGCUUGGUAAGUUUAAUUUACUUGAAUUGAUCGAAAAAAAUUUGUUGGUCGAACUACAAAGUGUCAAAAAUACGAAAUUUUAAGGACCCAUUAGUCUGCCGUGCUUCAAUGUAAUUCGUCAAUUUGUUAAUUU